GGAGAGAAGCCUUAUAUAUGUCAGACAUGUGGGAAGGCCUUUAAUCAGCCCUCAGAUCUUAAUAGACAUAUGGAUAUUCAUAGUGGAGAGAAACCUCAUAAAUGUCAGACAUGUGGGAAGGCCUUUGCUGGAGCCUCAAAACUUACUGUACAUAGGAGAAUUCACACGGGAGAGAAACCGUAUAUAUGUAAGGAAUGUGGAAAGGCCUUUGCUAAAGCCUCAAUAUUUACAGUACAUAGGAGAAUUCACACUGGACAGAAGCUUUAUAUAUGUGUGCAGUGUGAAAAGGCCUUUACUACAUCCUCACAAUUGACUAUACAUAGGAGAAUUCACACUGGAGAGAAACCGUAUAUAUGUGUGCAGUGUGAAAAGGCCUUUACUACAUCCUCACAAUUGACUGUACAUAGGAGAAUUCACACUGGAGAGAAACCGUUUAUAUGUAAGGAAUGUGGGAAGGCCUUUGCUAAAGCCUCAAGACUUAGUGAACAUAGGAAAAUUCACACUGGAGAGAAACCAUAUAUAUGUAAGGAAUGUGGGAAGGCCUUUGCUAUAUCCUCAAGACUUACUGUACAUAGGAGAAUUCACACUGGAGAGAAACCGUAUAUAUGUAAGGAAUGUGGGAAGGCGUUUUCUGAAGCCUCAAGACUUACUGUACAUAGGAGAAUUCACACUGGAGAGGAACCGUAUAUAUGUAAGGAAUGUGGAAAGGCCUUUGCUAAAGCCUCAAGACUUAGUGAUCAUAGGAGAAUUCACACUGGAGAGAAACCGUAUAUAUGUAAGGAAUGUGGGAAGGCCUUUGCUAAAGCUUCAAGACUUAAUGAACAUAGGAGAAUUCACACUGGAGAGAAACCAUAUAUAUGUAAGGAAUGUGGAAAGACUCUCAGCUACUGA